GUGCUCGUACGCACACAAACGAUACACUUUAAUCAAGAACCACCCUCACAUCCAGUUUGCUCAUCUUGACAAGAGAGUAUAGCGGCUUGCCGAAUUGGUAUUCAUAUACCCCCUUUUUCGUCAUAGAAUCGCAAGUGGAGAUUCGUAGCAAGUAACAACCACACCCCUCUCCCAAUACUGUCCAUUCACAGACCCUUCAAGCUACUAGGAAGGAGGCCAAUCUCACACUCAUAAUCAUGUCGGCUGCCUUGCCACUUCUUUCGCCUCUUGUGACCCGUAUCUUGGAACUGAAAGGAUUUCCUGCAGAACUCAAAACGCGAGACAUUCAAACAAUCUUUGCACAAUGGGAAAAUGAACGAGGUGGAUUCAAAAUCAAAUGGAUCGAUGAUAUUACUGUUUUGGUCAUCUUUUCCGAUCCAAUUUGCGCAAAAAGAGCUUAUUUACAGGUUCUCAUGUCACCACCUCCAAUGUUGAUGACAGCAUCUGGAAUCAUGGCGAAAAUACGACCGUACGACGGAGACGAUGCUGGAUCGAUCAUUUCUUCCGUACAAAAUCGACCAAGAUCACGUUCGAAUGCAGGAGGACAGGCUACACCAGCAUACGGAGCAGAGAAUGAAGCUGAGAAGGCACCAGGCGGCGUCAAUGCCACACCAGGCCGAGCACCAGGGGGCAAUUCUGGAAGUCCUCGAAGUGUGGCUCGUAGCUUGGGACAAGGACAUAGACGCAACCCUAGUGGCUCAAAUCCCAGUAGCUUACCGCCAAAACCCUUGGCAGCAGCACUUUGGGAUGCAUCGAACGGAGGACCAUCACCUGCACAUCAUCUAGCAAAUGCAUUAGCAGCAGAAGGAUCACCUGAAAAAGCUGAAGAGAUCUUAGCAAGCAUUAAUGCAAACACGAUUCGAUCACCACCUUCGGCCGCAAAUUCGACAGCAAUUUUGGAACCAUCACCUGAGAUUCGAAAAGCCGAACAAGCAUCACAAGCGUUAGGAGCAUGAGAAAAAAAAGAAGAGUUGGAUGUACGCAUAAAGCCAAAUUUUGAUCUUUGGGACGAAGUAAUGAAAAAUAAAACUUUUUUUCCUUUGUAGAAUAGAAUAAGCACCCUCUGGAAGCCGUAAUCAAUUAAAUCUUCUUUGGCAACCGUGAUGAUGUAAUCCAGAAUGAUUUGACAUUUAGAUUAUGCCAUGAAAUAGGAUGGCAAUCAGUUUAGCCACUACUACGAGGGGCGAUAC